AUGGAUCGGGUGCGGCAGAUAUUCGAGCGCGAGAACUCGUCAGCCGCGUAUGAACCGCUACAGGGGGGCUCUGAGCGGCCAGAUGGCGAGCACAUCGAAGCAGAGGAACACGCAUUCUCAUGGACCGACUAUGCCGUCUUCACGCUGCUGGGCGUCUCUAUGCUAUGGGCUUGGAACAUGUUCCUGGCAGCAGCCCCGUACUUCCAGCGACGCUUCGAGUCCAGCGAUAAUCUGCUCCGCAACUUCCAGUCUUCCAUUCUAUGCGUCUCCACCGUAGGCAACCUAGGCUCCAUGAUGGUCUUGACCAAGCUCCAGGCCCGUGCCAACUACCCCAAGCGUAUCAUCGCAUCCCUCGCCCUGAACGCCGUUGUCUUCACCUUGCUCGCUAUAUCCACAAAGUUCUUCUUGAACAUAUCCGUUGGUGUCUACUUCGCCUUCCUCAUGCUCAUGGUCUUAAGCGCUAGUCUAGCGACGGGGCUCUGUCAGAACGGUGUCUUUGCAUACGUAUCGGGAUUCGGAAGAGAAGAGUAUACACAAGGAAUCAUGUCUGGCCAGGGCAUCGCUGGCGUCCUGCCUUCCAUUACCCAGAUCAUAUCCGUCCUACCCGUGCCCAAAAAGCACCACGCCCAUGGAGCACCGCAAGAGUCAAGCACAUCUGCUUUCAUCUACUUCCUAACCGCUACUGCUGUUUCUGCUGCAACCCUGGUAGCAUUCUUCUACCUCCUUUCCCGGGCUAGCUCCAAGCAGCGCUUGUCGCACGCCUCACUCAAUGAAGGACCAGAAUACGACCCGGCUCACAGCGAGCGCAAGAGCAUACCACUAACGAGAUUGCUCAGGAAGCUCUUUUGGCUCGCUGGCGCCGUCUUUCUCACUUUCACAAUCACCAUGUUCUUCCCAGUCUUCACGCCACAAGUGCUGAGCGUGCGCGACCCUUCAACUGCACCUCGUCUUUUUCAGCCGGCGACUUUCAUACCUCUAGGCUUCUUCUUCUGGAACCUUGGUGACCUUAUGGGCCGAGUAGGACCCGCUCUGCCUGCCCUACGUCUUACGCAUCGCCCGCGACUCCUAUUCUUCUUGUCUAUUGCGCGAGUAUUCUUCAUACCCUUGUACUUUCUCUGUAAUAUCGGUGGAAGGGGCGCCGCUAUCAACUCCGAUUUCUUUUACUUGUUCGUUUUGCAGUUACUCUUUGGCAUAACAAACGGCUACUUGGGGAGCAACUGCAUGAUGGGUUUCGCAGAGUGGGUUGAGCCGGAAGAACUUGAGGCAGCAGGGAGCUUUAUGUCAUUGUCGCUAGUUGGUGGUCUCACCACGGGAAGCUUCUUGAGCUUCUUUGCUGCACAGUCCUCAUGCCAGCUCCACCUUCGCACUGCUCAGCAGAAACAAAACGGUGGGAAAUUCAAAAAACCCAAAUUUAGCUGGACGGAGAAGACGGCACAGAACAAUGCUUUCCUCCAGCCCGAAGAGUCAGGGAGCACAUACGAGGUGGUAGAACUAGAAGCUGCAGAUGGCUCACGAUGGAAGACCAAGCUAGUCCAUAGCACGUCUUGUGAAGAGGACGUUCGUAUCGCUGGUCACAGCCAUAUCAAAGAGGUCGCUCUGCAGCACCGGAUGGAAGAAGCUAGGAAGCAUAUAGACGAGCUCAAAAAAGCAGAGAUCACGGUAAUGGGAGCUCAAAGUCUCUAUGGAGAAAGCGAGACGGCUGUUCACUAUGCCUCCCAACUCCGUCUACCUCGUCAUUCAUUCCCAAUUACUCCUUACAAACCCAAAAGAUAA